UCGAAUUCUGCUUCGACACUGAACUAUCCGUGUGUGCCAUUCGACGCAAGAACACGUUGUGUUGGUGUGAGCCGCUGUGAACCACGGGCGCGUGCCGACCCGCCCCCGCCCGCCGCCCGCUCCCCAUGCGGACAUCGCUGCAGCUGCACAGGAUAGGCAGAGCACCCCGCAAAAAGAAGACCACCAGCCCACCGCGCCCUCUUCCGCGUCUCGCCGCGUGCCCACCGCUGCCCUGAGAUGGCUGACGGACGCAGGAAGCUGUCGCUCAUGGUGCCGCUGCGCAAGGCCAGCAUCCACGAUGGCCGUGGUGCGGACGCAGCAGUUGCCGACCUGGAUGAGGAGAUGGAGAAGGUCUUCGCGAUGGCUGAUGAAGAUCGCUUUGAUGUGGCACGCCUUGCUGCCUCUCCAGACUCCAGCAGCACCGCCGCCAGCAAACGCAGCUAUGGCGAGAGGGACUAUGCCUUGCACAGGAAGAAGAGCUAUCAGCAUAUGCAUCCACCCCUGAAACAUCUGCAUUCUCACUCACUGAGGAGAAAGAUGUCUUCCCCAGAAGGUGCAGAAGGAAUCAACAUACCAGGUGCUGGAGGAGAGGGUCAUGAGAUGCGGAAAGCAUCUCGUGCAGGAACAGAUUCUGACACUGCCCAGAGUCCCUCAACCAGAUCACCAACAGCUGCAGAAGAACUUCCCAGGUUAAUUCUGUCCGGCAGUGCAAGUCCAGAAGAAGAACGAGAUGAAACAAUUCUUAGCAGUGAAUCUGAACCUCAAGUGUCAGAGAGGGCAGCAUCAUUUGGAGACAGCCCCAUAUUUGGCUCUCCCACGGAUGCACUGAGAAGAGUUCAGUUUCAGAUAGGAGAAAUAGCUGAGAAACCAGAAGAAGGUUCCUUAGAAGAUGCUGACCAGCAAACAAAAGAAUUAUUGCAGCCAGAGGAGCCUCCAAAGGAAGUGGAUAAGAAACCAAAACGGCGACACAGUCGGCAUCAUUACCAUCAUCAUCGGUCUCGAAAACAUAGCUUGCAAGAAGACCCACAAACUCGUUUACGAUCUGGUGCAGAAUUUAGUGGAGUAGAGGGAAGGAGAGUCAGUAUACAACCAGAGGAAGCUAUUAAUUUGCAGGAGCAAGACAUAGAUGAUUUAGCCAGUCAUCGUUUUGACGAUGCAAGAGGGUUGCGGCGGUACAAGCUUCAGAAGACUCCUUCAUCAGGUCUUGUUCAUAUUGGCAGGAAAGAUGGUUCAGAACAAUUACAGAGUGUACUUCCUCUGCAAGCAUACAAGAAAAUGUUUGACCACAGCCCUCAUGAGGUUUUUGUUCAACUGGAUGAAUUGUAUGGAGAAGGAGAAGACAGGGAAUGGAAAGAAACUGCCCGCUGGAUCAAAUAUGAAGAAGAUGUAGAAGAAGGGGCGGAUCGUUGGGGUAGACCUCACGUUGCUUCAUUAAGUUUUCAUUCUCUUCUGAAUCUCAGGAGAUGCCUGGAAACAGGUGUUGUGCUACUUGAUCUUGAGGAGAGAGAUCUCCCUGGAGUAGCUUACAGAGUUGUUGAACAAAUGGUUAUUGAUGAACUGAUAGAAGCAGAGGAUAAGCCAACCGUGAUGCGUGCACUGCUGCUAAGGCAUCGCCAUGUGAAUGAUCAUGACAAGUUUCGUUUUGGGAUGAAGAGGACUUUCUCCAGCUACACAAGCUUACAGAACUUAAAUGAAGAAAAAGGGAAACCUAAAAUUGUCCCAUCUAUAGUCAGCAUGGACACAAUGUCAUUAAAUAAGUUGGGCAACAAUCUCAGUGUACCUGGAGAAGAGAACAGAAAACAAGAUAACCAUACAAUUGAUUUCAAAGAAGAAUUAACUUUUACUUCAUCAGCAGAGGAUCUUAAGAAAGCUCAGAAGGAGAGCAUACUGAGAAGAAUACCUAUAGGAGCUGAGGCAACCACUGUGUUAGUUGGUGCUGUUGAUUUUUUGGAUCAACCAACUAUAGCAUUUGUUAGGUUAGCAGAGGGUAUUUUAAUGCCAUCAAUUACUGAGGUGAACAUCCCUGUUCGUUUCUUGUUUAUACUUUUGGGUCCAUCAACAGCAGAUUUGGAUUAUCAUGAGAUAGGACGAUCCAUAUCAACACUAAUGUCAAAUGCGCAAUUUCAUAAAAUAGCCUACAAAGCUACAGAACGGAAAGAGUUAUUGUCAGCAAUUAAUGAAUUUCUUGAUGAUAGUAUUGUUCUACCACCUGGUGACUGGGAGAGAAAUGCAUUACUUGAAGUGGCAGAACUCAGAGCAAAAAGUGAGAAAAUUCGACGAAGGAAAACAACACGUUUACUUGGUCAAGAUGAAGCAAAGAAAGUCUUGUUGGAAGUAGAGGGAGAUGGAGGGAAACCACCAUAUGAUGAUCCUUUGCAAAGAACCAGAAAACCAUUUGGGGGUAUGAUCAAUGACUGCAAGAGAAGAUUUCCACAUUAUGUGUCAGAUAUCAUAGAUGGAUUGAACUUGACUUGUUUGGCUGCAGCCAUCUUCAUAUAUUUUGCUGCUCUGUCAGCAGCUAUAACAUUUGGAGGACUUAUUGCUGAUAAAACAAAUAAUUUGAUUGGAAUUUCUGAAACUUUAAUAGCAACAUCAGCUGCAGGAAUAUUUUUUGCCUUGCUAUCAGGCCAGCCACUUAUAAUUGUAGGAACAACUGGACCUCUGCUGUUGUUUGAUGAGAGUUUAUACAGUUUCUGUGAGACAAAUGGCCUUGAAUUCCUCACAGUGAGGGUAUAUAUUGGAUUCUGGCUAACAGUCAUUGCAUUGGUCGUUGUUGCCUUUGAAGGAAGUGUUAUGGUAAAGCUCUUCACAAGAUUCACUGAGGAAAUAUUUGCAGCUCUAAUAUCAGCACUGUAUAUAGUUGAAAGUGUAAUGAAACUGAUUAAGGUUUUCCAGAAACAUCCCUUAACAGCUGAUUAUUGUGCAGAACAGGAUGAAUUCUCCCUGUUUGCUGCUUCUUGGUAUGAGAAUUCAUCGAGUUCUAAUAAUAGUACAAAUACAACCACUGUAAGCGAACCAAGCUAUGUUGAAAAUACAACAGAUCUUGGGGCACUUGCAGCAAAUGGCAACAGCAGUAUACUUGCAUUUGUUGGAGCAGAAGACAAAGUUGAUCAACCAAAUACAGCACUCUUAUGUUUGAUUUUGUCCUUGGGAACAUUCUUUAUAGCUUAUUAUCUGAGACAGUUCAGAAACAGCAAGUUUCUUGGAAGAAGUGCAAGGCGUGCAUUGGGAGACUUUGGUGUGCCAAUAGCGAUUAUAAGUAUGGUAAUACUAGAUUAUUUUGUACCAGCAACAUACACUGAAAAGUUAAAAGUCCCCGAAGGACUAUCACCAAGUAACCCUGAUGUUAGAGGGUGGAUAAUUUCCCCUGCUAACUUAGUCUAUGUGUGGGUUGGAUUUGCAGCAUGUGCUCCUGCAUUGCUCGUGUACAUACUACUCUUCAUGGAGACACACAUAACUGAGCUCAUAAUAGAUAAGAAGGACCGUAAAUUGAAGAAAGGUUCUGGUUUUCACUUAGAUAUUCUUCUUGUUUGUUUAUCAAACACCUUUUGUGGAUUAAUUGGUGCACCUUGGAUGUGUGCUGCAACUGUACGUUCACUUACCCAUGUUUCGGCAGUGACUAUAAUGUCUCGAACACACGCACCUGGAGAAAAACCACACAUAAUUGAAGUCAAAGAGCAACGACUGAGUGCACUUCUUGUUGCUGUAAUGGUGGGUAUGUCAGUUUUAAUGGCGCCACUUCUUAGGUUGGUGCCUAUGUCAGUUCUUUUUGGAGUAUUUCUGUACAUGGGAAUCUCAUCUACAAGUGGUAUUCAGUUUUUUGAGCGACUUAAACUCUUCUUCAUGCCAGUCAAACACCAUCCACAAGUGGCAUACGUGCGAAGGGUUCGCACCAUGAAAAUGCACUUAUUCACAAUCAUCCAGCUAUUGUGCUUAGCAGUACUGUGGAUUGUCAAGUCCACUGAGGCCUCACUGGCAUUUCCAUUUUUCCUCAUACUCAUGGUUCCUCUGAGGGCACAGCUUAGGUUUCUGUUUUCACCAGCUGAGCUGAGAGCUCUGGACAGUAAAGAAGCAGAUGGUGACAAAGAAGAUGAGUUAGAUUUCUACACUGAGGCACCAUUACCAGGAUAGAAAAAAAAGUCUCAUCUUCUGCACCGCAUGUACAUUUCCCAUUAUUUUGUAGCUGCAGGAAAGAGCUACAUCUGUAACUGUAAUGUGUCAUGCAGAAUCUAGAUGGACAUAAAAUUAAAAGCAAUAAUCAUUUGACUCAUUUAUGAGAGGUGAUGUGUUCUUCUGAACAAACAGCAUUUAAACAGUUCCAUAAAGUUGGCUCUCUGAAAACCAAAACUUUGAAAAGUGUGUGUGAUCUUCUCUUUCCAAGUGCCUUGUAAAAAAAAAAAAGAUUUCUAAAAAAAUUUUCCUGUAUGUAUGUAAUUAAUUGAUAAUGUAACAGUUAAGCAGCUAUGAUAAUUUCUUUAAAAUGAGUCUUUCAUCUACUAGCUCUCUUUCUUAUUGGUAAAACAAAUGAGCUAUUAUUACUUUACCUUAUGUGUACAUUCAUUGUCCUCAGUAGAAUACUGCAAGAGACAUAAAAGGAAAUAAAUAUAUAUUGUCUACAAUAUGAGAAUGUGCAUACAGCUAUUUUGCAAGAAAAGUGUUAUAGAAAGCUGUUUGCCUCUAUCUGGCUUUCAUAUAGUAUAAAAAUUUUAUUGCUUGAGAAUCAUUUUCUGCCGACUUUCAAGCAGUCUGACAUUAUUUAUGGAAUAAUUAAACAUUCCAUUUUGUCAUCUAAAAUGAUUCAAUUAUGUUUUCUCUACGAGGCAACAAUUUUAUUUACAUCAGCUGUCCAUUACUAUCAGUACCUGUCCUUUUUCAUGAUAGUGUAUUUAAGGUUUAUGUUUGUGGAAAUCAAUGUAGUUGGUGUUAAGAUAGUACAAUGACUCUUCCCACAUUGAUUAUAUUGUAGUUAAUAAUGUUGAAGAUGAGUACUAUGUCAUUCACUGUGAAGCAUCCUUAUAUGUAUAUAUGUGAUCACAUGUACUUUUGUGUUUUGUGUGUGUGUGUGUGUGUGUGUGUGGAGAGAGAAAGAGAGAGAGAGGCAUGAGUUAGCGCACAAUAAUGCAAACGACGUGAAAUGAAAGUGAGAAAUUAAGGAGGUAUGGAGGAGAGAUAUAGAUUAUUAACUUAUCUUAUUGUCUUGGAUAUUGUGUGAAAGUUGUGAAAUAACAUAAUAAAUAUAUUUUUAGAAAUUUA